AGGAAUCAUGUACUCAAGGACCUCAAGCCUUAUAUAUGCACAUAUGCCCAAUGCUCUCAUGCUCUUCACAUGUAUAGCAGCAGACACCAUUGGCUUGAGCAUGAGAGGCUAGCCCAUCGAAGGACCUGGCAGUGUUUUGAGCAUGCAAACGCAACCUUUAAUUCCUCAUCAAAGUUACGGGAGCACUUACAGUCACAGCACCAGGGAGCUAUCACUGAGAAGCAAAUCGACACGUUGAUUGAGGUUGGCGAAUCGGGUGUAAAAGACACGCGUAAGAGAUGUCCUAUCUGUCUAGCGGAGGACCAGCUCCCUAACGGCUUGUCAAUGACCAACCAUGUUUCUUAUCACAUGGAACAAUUUGCGGUCUUCUCUAUCCGAGGGGUUAUCGACAAC